CCCGACUUCCCGAGUCUUAACAGCAAGGAAUUGGUGGCGAAGUUCGGGUUCCCUGUGCUCGCGCUGGUCGAGAAGGACGAGCACGACAGCAAUCUGUUGGUCACGAUUUUUAUAGACGAAGUGUUUUCUAAGAUUCAAGUGAAUAACCUUCAGAUCUCACUGCAAGAGCUCCUGGAGCUGACGAUGAGGAAGCGUCGGCCGUCUCUUAUCAAAGGAGUCAGUUAUAAGCUGGAGAAGCGCACCGAACCGGGCGUGUCCUUAGACCUGAAGCAAACUCUGGCCGAUUGUAAUUCGCUGGAGUUUGUGCUGACCCCAGACCAGCCCCCAGUGGAUUUCGGUGAGAGCCGAGCGGCCAAUCGGUUCGAGUUGGACAUGUCGGCGAUGGAGGCGCCGCUGUACCGGUCCUACAACGUGACGGCGAUCAACAAAUUGGGCCGAACCGCGGACGUGGAGAUGGGCAUCAGCGGCGAUAAGAUCGAGAUCACGCCUAUGCCUAACAAAGGCUUCUUUCAAUGGCAGCCAAAGGCCGCUACGGUUAACGACGAGGAUGUGGUGCUCUGCGAACUAUUGGCCCAUAAAUUGAAUACGGGUAAAUCGACGUUCAAAGUGGUCUAUUGGAAUGGGGAUGAGUACAAGCACUGGACGUUUGAGGCCGAAACCAGUAUCACGAAUGAGAUCCUAAAGAAACUGCAUUUUGUGAUGCAAAUGAAGACGAGUCUCAUUAGAAAUGAAUACUUCGCUCUCAAAGAGCAUAAAAGUCUUAAGAAAUAGUCCUUAA